UAGAGAAGGUAGCUAAGGUAGCUAGGAGAUAGAGAAGUCACGGGGGGUCCCGUGAUUAAUAUGAAGGCAAAAAUAAGCCAAUCACGUAAGAGAGCAUGGAAUCGAGCUGGACUGGGUGCACUGUGACCGACUCACAGUGUGUGUUGUAAAAGCUAAAGGUAAAGAGAGACUACGUACUGUCCCAACUUCCAACUAUCAUCAACACGUUAUCAUAGAGAAUAGAUAGAAAGAGUAGAGAUGAUUGAAUUAAUUUGUACGAGCUUUUCUCCACUCGGCCCUAUAUAAACACUAGCUGCUCUAUCUAUCUGCACUAUCAAACAUUUUAGUAGCUAGCUAGCUAUGGGAAUUUCUAUAGUGAGGGUGGGGAAGGUACUUUUGUGGGUGGCUGUGGUGAUGAUGAGUUUCAUCUCUGACUCAUGCGUACAAGGAAUAAGGAAGAUGGAGAUGGAGAUCAAGAAGAAUAAGGGUGGUGAAGGUGAUGAUCAUGGCAACAACAAAUUAGGGAAAAAGGAGGCAGAGUGGUUCGUUGAUGGUCCUGCUGCAGGCAAUCCCAAUGUUCCUGGUGGGGUUAGUGGUGGUGGUGGUGGUUUUGGAGGAGAGGGGAAAGGGUUUGGUUUUAGUUUUGGAGGGAAGGGAUCCUAUAGUUACAGCUAUGGUACUUCUGGGAAACCUGCCAAUGCAAUUGGUUUUGGAAAGCCUGACUGUGUUGGAAAAGGUGGCGGAGCUGGUGGUGGGAUAGGCAAAGGUGGCGGAGCUGGUGGUGGGAUAGGCACAGGUGGCGGAGCUGGUGGUGGGAUAGGCACAGGUGGCGGAGCUGGUGGUGGGAUAGGAAAAGGUGGCGGAGCUGGUGGUGGGAUAGGCAAAGGUGGAGGAGCUGGUGGUGGGAUAGGAAAAGGCGGAGGAGCUGGUGGUUGGAUAGGCAAAGGUGGAGGGUCUGGUGGUGGAAGCCACCAUAAGACUAAAAAAGAGAAGAAUCACCAUAAAGGUGGUGCUGGAGGUGGAAUUGGGGGAGGCAUUGGCAAAGGAAUUGGUGGUGGAGGUCAUGGUGCUCGAGGAGCUGGCCAUGGAGGCAUUGGCAAAGGAGGUGGUGUUGGUGGCGGCAUCGGCAAAGGAGGGGGUGUCGGUGGCGGCAUCGGCAAAGGAGGGGGUGUCGGAGGCGGCAUUGGCAAAGGAGGGGGUGCUGGUGGCGGCAUUGGCAAAGGAGGAGGUGUCGGUGGUGGAGGAGGGGGUGCCGGAGGAGGUGUUGGUGGCGGAGGAGGGGGUGCGGGAGGAGGUGUCGGUGGUGGAGGAGGGGGUGCCGGAGGAGGUGUUGGUGGCGGAGGAGGGGGUGCGGGAGGCGGUGUAGGUGGUGGAGGAGGGGGUGCCGGAGGCGGUGUUGGUGGUGGAGGAGGGGGUACCGGAGGUGGUGUAGGGGGUGGCAUCGGUGGUGGUGCGGGAGGCAUAGGUGGUGGUGUUGGGGAUGGUGCCGGGGGCGGCCUAGAGACAUCGGUGCUGAAUUUGCCUAAUGUUAGCGGGGACAAUUAUUCAACCAUGCAUAAGAGUAAGAGUAAGAGCUCGUGA